GUUUCAAAGAAAGUGAUAAAAGUGAAGUUUGAGAAGAAGGGGGAUGUGAAUCUGACUGACCCUGUUGUGAUGGCGGCCAUGUUGGAGCAGCUCCAACAGAAGCUGAGGGCCCAGGGGCUGGACCACAACAUCAAGCUGAGCUGGAGGAAGCAGGCCGAUGGAAAAGUCUUCCACAAGGAAGACCAGAAGACCAACAAGAGGAGGAGGAAGAGGGACGAGCUGUAAUGUUGCGUCUCUUUCUUUCCUCUAAGAUGUGACGGAGCAGAACAGAUCUGCAACUAUCAGCUGAUUCAGAGUCAGUUCUGGAUUUUCCUUUUUUUUACCUGGACCCUAGUUUCCCAUGCGCAUGCUGCUCCAUACACGCUAAAAGUAGUGAUUAUUUACAUGGAGUCUGGUGGAGAUAUGCUGUUCUAUACAUGCUAAAAGUAGUGAUUAAUUACAUGGAGUCUGGUGGUUUGGUGAUGGUGAUUUCUGUUUCAUGGUAAACUAAAAGGAUCUUACUCUUUAACUAAAUAGGCUCCAUGUUGAAAACUACUGAAGUUACACUUUUGAUCAAUUAGUCGCAACUAUUUUUAUAAUCAAUUUAUCUUUUUACAGCUUCUUAAACAUGAAGACUAGAUGCUUUUCUUGUUAUAUUUGAUCAUAUCUUAAUAUAUUACAUGGAGAUUAGAUGCUUUUCUUGUUAUAUUUGAUCAUAUCUUAAUAUAUUAAAUGGAGAUUAGAUGCUUUUCUUGUUAUAUUUGAUCAUAUCGUAAUAUAUUACAUGGAGAUUAGAUGCUUUUCUUGUUAUAUUUGAUCAUAUCUUAAUAUAUUACAUGGAGAUUAGAUGCUUUUCUUGUUAUAUUUGAUCAUAUCUUAAUAUACUAUAUGGAGAUUAGAUGCUUUUCUUGUUAUAUUUGAUCAUAUCGUAAUAUAUUACAUGGAGAUUAGAUGCUUUUCUUGUUAUAUUUGAUCAUAUCUUAAUAUAUUAAAUGGCAAUAAGAUGCUUUUCUUGUUAUAUUUGAUCAUUAAGUUGUGUGAAUGCUGAUAAUUAAUAUCAAAUCUGCAGCAUUGUAUAGGUCCAAAAUCUGAAUGUGGAACGUGCCUGUAUCCUAGUUGCUAAAAUUGACAAAUUUGUGAAGGAUAUUGUUGAGUGAAAAUGUGUAAAAUAUAGUUUAAGUUUGAAAACGUAGUAAUUGCUAAAAA